AUGGAUAUGACCAACGACGACGACGUUAUCAAUUCUACUACGAACUGGAGACUCGCCGGCGGUACCCUCAGAGAUUCCAUCUCCUUUGAGUCGUCCUUCUUGACUUUCACCGCUAGCCACGAAUCUGACGACGGAACCAUCACCACCGCCGUCGAUCAUGUGGCCAAGUCCCCGCUGCUUCUGAUCGCUCCGAUUCCCAACGGCGAGCCUUGUGAAAUUACCAUUACAUUUGCGCAAGAGCAUGAAUUGAGGCAAGUCUAUAUCCGAAGUAGUGCACGGGUAUACGAAGUUUACUACACCAAAAAUCGGGGACGUGACAAAGAAUACCUGUGUACAGUUCGAUGCGGCAUUGCAAUGAGAGGAGAGGAAGUGCUUGAGAUCCCUCUCACUGAGUCAGCUAGUGAAGUGGAACAGAUGAAGGAUCCGACGGAGAAGAGUGUAAAAGAUAAUGGCAAUGGACGCACCAACGAAGAUGAUUGGGUUGAAGUGAAAGCUGGCGAUGCUUCUUCGGAAAAAAAAUUGCUUCCACUGCCACAAUUAGGAAAACAGGAUUUCUUUGAAGCUACUGCAGAGAUGGAAGAUGCAGAUCCUUGCAUUUCCAUUACGCUCCGUCUUCUCUCCCUUCAGGACAAACGAUGUGCAGUUGUUGAUGAAGUUUAUGUGUUUGCUGAUCCUGUUGAUGAAUGUGAGUCAGAGAAGGAAGAAGCAAGUGGGAAAGGAAAUUCAUCCAGUAGUGCGCUGAUGGCUAUGUUUAUGCCCACUCUUUUGCAGCUAUCUCGAGGAAAAGAUGUCAGAAAACAACUAGAUAGUCAAGUUUCGGGAACUUUGGGACUGUCGAAUGAUUCAGGUAAGAUCAUGAAUGAAAUUCAGCAGGAGAGAAAUUUCAGUAAAUCUGAUCUCAAAGGAGUGAGCUCACCAGUUUUAGUCGAUACUCCUGCAAAACAUGUUGAUGCAACACGAGUAUCUGAAGCACAAAUCAAACCUGAGUUGUCUUGCAACAAUGUGGAGACUAUCCUGCAUCAGCUUGUUAACAGGGUAAGCAGGAUUGAAACUAUCUUGACAAGAUUUGAAGAUCAGAUGUUGAAACCUAUCAAUAGCAUUGACGCAAGGCUCCAGAUAGUAGAGAAGAAACUGGAACAGCUAGGCAAGAAAUCGUUUGAGUCUGAGUUGCUUGUUGAAACAGAAACACCCAAUACAGAUUCUCUGGGCAGUGAUACAGAUAAAUCUCCUGAAACCGAUGAGUUGGGUGGAUUGGCCAAAAACACAGAUAAUCCAGAAUUGGCCUCUUGUUCUGAAACAGUUGUCCCUGACUCCUCUAGUAUAGACAACAGUAAAGACUAUGCAGUUGUACUACCGAAGAACAGGCUGGAUAGUAAGUUCGUAGAAUCAGGAGAUGAGAUGAUUUCUGUUGAAUCUCAGAUCAGUGAUAAGGAGGAUGGUCAUUCUCCUGGGAGAGUAUCUGUUGAAGAGAAACCAAAACGUUCGGUGUCUAUAAAUGAUGCUUUAGCAUCCGCACUUGCUGGAUUAUUGUCUUCAACUUCAAUCACGGACGGAAAAUACAGCCAAGCCCUGGUAGUUACAGCCCCUGAGUUUUCAAACGAAGAUGACUCGGAGAUGGAAGAGACACCUCCGACUGGUACCCGUCCAGACAAAAGCCAAGUUGCAGAAGAGGAGUUGGGAAACACAUACACUGCUUCUUCGGAGAGCGCAACUUCUUCACAGAAAGAGCCUGACAUUAUUGAAGAGGAUUCUGAAGAAAUGACUAGUGAGGUUUCUGAAAAAUUGGGUGAUAGUGUGGGAGCAUGUGACGAUGCUGAGACAGUGGUUAGCGUCAGGAACGAUGAUUUUGAUGAAGAGAUGGUGACAUCAAGUAAAAAUCCCGAUUCCAUGGUUCACGAGCUCGAGAAUUCAACUGUAACUACUGAGUCCAAAGGAGAGCCUAAAAUGGAUGAUGUCUUGAAGAGUGUUCUCGGUUUUCAACCUAGUACUUCUUCGGUCGAUUUCCUAACUCCUGUCCUCGAUGUGAAAUUUAACUCAGAUAAAAAAGUCUCAGAGAACGAGGAUUUCUUUGAGGCACUCUUCACAGAGGAAUCCAAGACUAUAGUAGAUUGCUACAACGAAGCUUUUGGUGAUGAUAACUUGGUCUCGGUUGAAGAUGAGGAACUAAAAGGCCCACCAACAGAUACCCUUUCGUCUGUGGAGAUGGAUUACUAUGAGACGAACGAGAUGCAUCUACACGUGGGUGUUGAAAUAUCAACAGCAAGUCUGAUAUAA